AUGCGAGGUCUCAGAGCAGCGGCAGUCCUCAGUGACAGCCGCUUGUUGACUUCGAGAUGCAGUGGCCGCUUCAUGGGCAUCUGCUCCCAGAGCGCUGGAUCGCAGCCACGGGUUCAAUGGAGGGAGGCGCCUGUACAGAUUGAGGGCCGCAGAUACUUCAAUGUGUCAAGACCAAAGCGGGCAGCGGUUGGAAAUGCCGCUGCUGCCGCCCAGGCUGCCUUGAGAAAGGCCGCCGAGGAUGCCGCGAACCUCACUCCCGAGGCCGUUUACGAGAAGAUGAGCCCCGAGGAGAGACACCGAUUGUCGAAAGUGCGAAACAUUGGUAUUGCGGCCCACAUCGACAGUGGUAAAACGACGGCUACCGAGCGAGUUCUUUUCUACACCGGCCGUAUCAAGGCGAUCCACGAGGUCAGAGGAAAGGAAGGUGUUGGCGCAAAGAUGGACUCCAUGGACCUUGAAAGAGAAAAGGGUAUCACCAUUCAGUCUGCUGCCACGUUCUGUGACUGGAAGAAGGUCGAGGACGGCAAGGAGGAGACGUACCACAUCAAUCUGAUCGACACACCUGGCCACAUUGACUUUACGAUAGAAGUCGAGCGAGCUCUGCGUGUGCUGGAUGGUGCCGUCAUGAUUCUCUGCGCCGUCAGUGGUGUCCAAUCGCAGACCAUCACGGUGGACAGACAGAUGAAGCGAUACAACAUUCCUCGAAUCAGUUUCAUCAACAAGAUGGACAGAAUGGGCUCCAACCCGUGGAGAGUUAUUGAGCAGAUUAACCACAAGCUCAAGAUUCCCGCAGCCGCCAUUCAGGUCCCCAUUGGCAUAGAGGACCAGUGCAAGGGUGUUGUCGACCUGAUUGAUAUGAAGUCCAUUUACAAUGAAGGUCCUCGUGGCGUUCAACUUCGUACCGUCGAUGGAGUACCAGACGACCUGAAGCAGCUCUGUGAGGAGAAGCGACAGGAACUCAUCGAGAAGUUGGCCGAUGUGGACGACGAAAUUGCCGAGAUCUUCUUGAACGAGGAGACACCUACUCCUCUUCAGAUCAAGGCCGCCAUCCGCAGGGCAACCAUUGGUCUCAAAUUCAGUCCCGUCAUGAUGGGCUCUGCUCUGGCCGACAAGUCUAUCCAGCCCAUGCUUGAUGGUGUCUGCGACUACCUCCCUAACCCUGCCGAUGUCGAGAACUUGGCCCUCGACAAGUCCAAGGGCGAGGCGCAGACAAAGUUGGUGCCAUACAACUCAUUACCGUUCGUUGGUCUUGCUUUCAAGCUGGAAGAGAACAACUAUGGACAGCUUACCUACAUUCGUGUCUACCAAGGAACCUUGAGAAGGGGCACUUACCUGUUCAAUUCACGCAACGACAAGAAGGUUCGCAUUCCUCGUAUUGUACGAAUGCACUCCAACGAGAUGGAGGACGUCGAUUCUGUUGGUGCCGGCGAAAUUUGCGCCGUGUUUGGUGUCGACUGUGCCUCUGGAGACACAUUCACGGACGGAAACCUGCCUUACACCAUGUCUUCCAUGUUCGUGCCUGAUGCUGUCAUGUCGCUCUCCAUCAAGCCCAAGAAGAGUACCGAUGCCGACAACUUCUCCAAGGCCAUGAACCGAUUCCAGCGUGAAGACCCCACCUUCCGUCUCUUCGUCGACGAGGAGAGUGAAGAAACAAUCAUUUCUGGAAUGGGUGAACUGCACCUUGAAAUUUACAUUGAGCGUCUCCGCCGUGAGUACAAGGUCGAAUGUAUCACUGGUCAACCACGUGUCGCUUACCGUGAGACCAUUUCCCGACGCGCCGACUUUGAUUACCUUCUCCGCAGACAGACUGGUGGACCUGGAGAUUUCGCCAGAGUGGGCGGCUGGAUCGAGCCCAACGCAGACCCCGAGUCCAACUCGUUCGAGAACCAAGUCGUCGGUGGUGCCAUUCCUGACAAGUUCAUCUCUGCCUGUGGUAAGGGUUUCGAGAAUGCUUGUCAGAAGGGCCCUCUCCUGGGCCACAUGGUCAUCGGUGCUAAGAUGGUUGUUAACGAUGGUGCUACGCACGUUACGGAUUCGUCCGAUUUCGCUUUCUCUUUGGCUGCGCAGAUGGCCUUCCAAAAGGUCUUUGACGACGCCGGUGGUGCCGUUCUCGAACCGCUGAUGAAGACUACCAUUACGGCCCCCAAUGAGUUCCAGGGUAACAUUCUCAUGUUGAUGAACAAGCGCAACGCCACGAUUGUCGAUACCGAAAUUGGCAGUGAGGAUUUCACCCUCAUUGCCGACUGCAGCUUGAACGCCAUGUUUGGCUUCUCCAGCCAGCUGAGAGCCGCUACUCAGGGCAAGGGAGAGUUCAGUAUGGAGUUCAGCCACUACGCCGCCGCACCACCACACUUGCAGAAGGAACUUGUCGCCAAAUACCAGAAGGAGCUCGAGGCCAAGCGCACCAAAUAG